AUGGAGCGGAACCCUUUCGUUGCAAGGCUGGGGGGUCCGGCGUGUGGCGUGUUGUUCUUUCUUUUCGUCACAUGUCUGUGCCAGGCGUCGAGGGACAUGAAAGACCAGGCGACGGCAAUUGAUCCUAAUUGCGGGGAUUCAGAUAAUGGUAUUGAGUGCGUUUGUAGUGAGCCCCCCGCAGGCACGGAUAGAGUAGCGGAAUUCACUCCCGACGCAUCUCUAUCAGAGUCGAAAAAUACAAUUAGCAUCCAGUGUCCCAACCAAUACGAAUUCAGGCCCAGUGAAAAAUCAAUGGUAUGCACAGUGGGUAAAGAUGGAAAUGUGACGGACCUGGAACAGUGCGGAUCAGCCAAGAAGGAAGAAAUUAAUGGUCUCUUGAAUCCAGGCCCAGAACCCCCGCUGCAGUGGAGUGAAAGCGGCACCAGUGCAAAGAAGCGUUCAUUGACACUGCCACAACCUAAUUUCCCAUUGAUUGACAAGAGAUUCUUCGUAGGAUGCUUAUCAGAAGGUGCCAGGGACAGAGCUCUGUCGCGCUCGAACAAGAAAUCCUGUGUGGUGAAUGUGCAAGUGGAGGCCAAGAAAUCGUCGCUGCACGAGAACGUCCUCACUUGCGGCUACGGCGCAAACAGCAACACCGAAAAAACACCGGUGGCGACACUGACUUCCAACAACAACGCACUGACUAUCGUUUGCGGCUCAGAAGGCCAACUCCAUCCGACUGGGACACCGACGACUGCCUUCCUCUGCGACAUCUCCACAGAGAAGUGUUCGACAGCCGUAGAACUGACUGACGUGUUUCCUAGCUUCAAAGAAGCCUGGAUUACAGUGGAAGGGGAAACAGGCACCAACAAGCUUGUGAUCCCCGAGGAUGGCUUCCCUGAGGAGGACAAAAUGAUUAUGUUGGGAUGCAGCCUCAAGACGGUCUCAGGUAAUGACAAUAAGAAGAAGGAGAACACAACUGUACAGGAGGAGCCUACGUGUAAAGUGAAGGUGGUUAUCCCUGCUGGAGGGAGGUCUUCUGCGACGGCGUCAGGCCCGAGCUCUCCGAUGUUUGCGUUCGCUGUGGGAUUUCUAUCUCUUGUGGUUUCUGGUGCAUACUUGACUUCGCACUAG